CAGGCACAGCUAAAGUAAACUAAUCCAAAUAUCCAAUCCCUCCAUUAAUCACUGUUUCGAUCAAUCCUUCUCCGCCUGUCCCUUUCAUACACCCUCUACUGUUCACAACAGGACACAGCUGCUCUCGCGUCCUUUAUCCCUUAAUCGGCAAAAAUGGGUUGCUGAUAAUAAGUUCUUUCAACUCAAACCUGGUUUUGUUCUCUCGCUGAUUCCGGACCCUUCUCCGCGUUCUUUUUUCAGGUGUCUGAUUAAGUAACUCUAGUGCAUUUGGAUGGUGUGAAGGCAGUAGUUUGGGCAUGGCUAUGGUAAGCAAGACAAGGACUAUGCUCGAGGAUCUGGUUAGAGAGGGAUCAUUCAAAUGGUUGAACAGAACCCACAGUUCAUUUGAUAAGGAUUUUGAGGAGAUGGAAAAGUCUCCAUCAUCAGGUGGAAAGAACUCGUUGCCGGAGCUCUCUCAUUAUGCAAAUGUUGUUGCCUGGAGAUGCUCAAAGAUCCUUGAAAUUUCCGUGAGUCAACUUAAAGAAAACUUUGAUGAAGAGGCUUCUGAUUCUUUAAGGCAGCCAUCGCAUUAUGCACGAAACUUUUUGGAAUAUUGUUGCUUCAGGGCUCUUGCAUUGUCUGUAAAUGUAAAUGGGUAUCUAGGUGACCGAAAUUUUCGGCGUCUUACAUUUGAUAUGAUGGUUGCUUGGGAGUUUCCAGCAGCUGGUAGCCAAGCAUCUAUCAGUAUGGAAGAUGCCACUGUUGGUGUUGAAGCUUUUUCAAGAAUUGCUUCUGCAGUUCCCAUAAUUGCCAAUGUGAUUGUUAGUAAUAACAUUUUCAACGUGCUUACUUCGGCAACAGAUUGUAGACUUCAUUUUUCUGUCUAUGAAAAGUACCUUAUUGGUAUGGAAAGGGCUAUUAAAAAAUUGAAGAGCCAGUCAGAGUCAUCUCACCUUUCCUCCCUACGUUCUGAAAGAGGGGAGAAGAUCCUGGAACUGGAUGGAACAGUCACAACCCAGCCUGUUCUUGAACAUAUGGGAAUUUCUACAUGGCCUGGUAGGCUAACUCUGACGGAUCACGCUCUCUAUUUUGAAGCCCUUCGUGUUGUGUCUUAUGACAAGGCAAAAGUGUAUGACCUCUCGCAAGAUCUAAAUCAGGUUGUUAAACCUGAACUAACAGGGCCAUGGGGCACAAGACUUUUUGAUAAAGCAGUCUUGUAUAAAUCAGUCUCCUUGCAAGACCCUGUUAUUAUGGAGUUUCCGGAACUCAAAGGGCAUACGCGUCGAGACUAUUGGUUAGCCAUAAUUCGUGAGAUUUUAUAUGUGCAUAGAUUUAUAAGGAAGUUCCAGAUCACCGGAAUUGAGAGAGAAGAAGCGCUUUUAAAGGCUAUUUUCGGAAUUCUGCGAGUACAAGCACUAAAAGAUAUGAGUUCUACAUCCGCAGAUCACAUUAGUUAUGAGGAUCUUUUGAUGUUCAAUGUGUGUGAUCAGCUUCCGGGUGGAGAUGUAAUACUGGAAACACUUGCUAAUAGAUCGGUUGUGCGGGAAUUGGAGCGGACAAACUCUCCCAAGUGCAGAAAUGAAGUGCACUCAGUUUCUGCUCUGGCAAUGGCGUCCAACUUGGGUUUUGUGUUUGGAUCAAGUUCUCAUGUUCCUAAUGCGACAGGAAUCAGUGUAGGUGAGAUUGCUGUAGGUGAGAUGACUCCCUUGGAAAAAGCAGUUAAGGAAUCUAGAACCAACUACAAAAAUUUAGUGUCCGCACAAGCUACCGUCGAUGGAGUUAAAGUUGAUGGUAUCGAUACCAACUUGGCAGUUAUGAAGGAGUUGCUGUCACCCAUGACUCAACUUGGGAAUUGGCUUCUUUUUCUAGCACAUUGGGAAGACCCGUUAAAGUCCAUCGUUUUCUGCAUAGUUGUCACGUAUAUUAUUAGCAGGGGAUGGCUGGGAUAUGCUUCUGCCUUCUUGCUCGCCUUUAUUGCGGUCUUUAUGUUACUUACUCGCUAUUUUAGCCAAGGCAGACCAGCCGAUGAACUCAAAGUGAUAGCUCCUCCCGAAAUGACCACCAUGGAGCAGCUUCUGGCUGUCCAAAACGCAAUCUCUCAAGCUGAAGAACUGAUCCAAGAUGGAAACAUUGUUCUUCUCAAGAUUCGUGCCUUACUGUUGUCCAUAUUCCCACAGGCAACUGAGAAGUUUGCGGGUGCUCUUUUUGUCAUGGCAUUGGUUUUGGCGUUCUUGCCAUACCGAUACAUAAUCCUACUGCUUUUCCUGGAGGUCUUCACCCGAAACUCUCCACUUAGGAAAACAAGCACAGAAAGAUGGACUAGGAGAUUGCGGGAAUGGUGGUUUAGCAUACCCGCAGCUCCUGUGGCUCUCGAAAGAUCUAAAGAAGACAAGAAGAAACGAUGAAGACGACAUGCACAGAUACAGUCAAAGCCCCACACUUUUUGCAAGGCAUCCCCUGAAAUGUACAUUUAUGUGAAGGAAAAGGGAAAACGGAAAAGGAUCGAUCAUAUUGGCUUUGGCUUUCAAGAGUUGAUUAUCCUAAUCGUAUCUGCUGUAUCCUACUGCAGAUACGCAAUAAAAUUUCUGUAACUUGUACUAAGCUGUCUGUUUCAUCAUGUAAAUGUGAAGUUCCUUCAUAUCAUACACCACCUGAUCCAAAAGGGAGCCAAACCCAACUAGUUUUUGAGGGUCAUGUAGCUAAUAGCUUCUUAAUAUUGUGGUUUGAUAUCAACUUUGAGCUUAGCUAGCUGCUACACACACACAUAUAUAGUCUAAUCACAUUGAAUAGCGAGCAAAAGUUUAGCC